AUCCCACGUGUCUAGAGAAGGGAGGGGAGUAUCCCUAAACCCAAGAGUGCCGGCUCUCCAGCUCCUCACCAUCCCCCGCUCUCUGCUCCCCCAGAGCCAAGGGUAAGGGUAGAGGGGGCGGGGAGGAGGUGCCAGAUCUCUGCCGGGCGGCGACGACAAGCACAGAAAGCCUGUCUGCUUCUCUGCCUGCCUGCCAGCCAGCCUCCCUCCCAACCUUCCUCCUCCUCCCGUUCGCUUUCCCAGCCCCGGGGCAGUUGUCUGGGCUUUAGCGGAGGGACUCGAUCUUUGUGGGAGAGCAGUCAUUGCUUCAGCCCCAGCCCGGCCCGGCCCGGCCGGGUGCCGGCAAACUGGGAGAGGGUAAGGGAGAGGGGGAGGGGGAGCCUCUAAGCUCCAGCUGAGCCCGGGCCACCCCCUCCUUUUUCCCUCCCUCCUUCCAUUCCCCUCUCCCCUCCCCCGAGGGCCGGGGGGCCGGGCUGGGGCAGGAGCAUGAGGCUGGCGGGCACUGGCUCAGGCACUGGGUGGUAGCCACGGUACAGCCAUGGCCAGGACCAGUCCGGGCCACAGCCCCCCUGCCGGGGACCCCGAGCGCCAGCAGCGAUGGGGCCUCCUUUUCGACGAGCUGGACAGCAACAAGGAUGGCCGCGUGGACAUUCACGAGCUGCGCCUGGGGCUGGCCCGGCUAGGCGCGAGGACCCCGGACAGCGCCGGCCAGGACAUUCUCCAGGAGGGGGACAUAGACCAAGAUGGGGGCCUGACCCUUGAGGAGUUCACCCGCUACCUGCAGGAACAUGAGAGACGGCUGCUGCUCAUGUUCCACAGCCUGGACCGGAACCAGGAUGGCCACAUAGAUGCCUCAGAAAUCCAGCAGAGCUUCCAAGCCCUGGGCGUUUCCAUCUCUUUGCAGCAAGCUGAAAAAAUUCUGCACAGCAUGGACCGUGAUGGGACAAUGACCAUUGACUGGCAAGAAUGGCGAGACCACUUCCUGCUACAGCCCCUGGAGAACAUGGAAGAUGUCCUGAAGUUCUGGAAGCACUCAACGGUCCUGGACAUAGGUGAAUGUCUGACAGUGCCCGAUGAGUUCUCAGAACAAGAGAAGCUGUCGGGCAUGUGGUGGAAACAGCUGGUGGCAGGAGCUGUGGCAGGGGCUGUGUCACGGACGGGCACGGCCCCACUCGACCGACUAAAGGUUUUCAUGCAGGUUCACGCUUCCAAGACCAACCAGCUGAAUGUCCUAGGCGGCUUGCGGAGUAUGGUCCAAGAGGGCGGCAUCCGCUCUCUGUGGCGAGGAAACGGCAUCAACGUGCUCAAGAUCGCCCCUGAAUCCGCCAUCAAGUUCAUGGCAUAUGAGCAGAUCAAGUGGGCGAUUCGGGGGCAGCAGGAGACGCUGCGGGUGCAGGAGCGCUUUGUGGCAGGGUCCCUGGCUGGGGCCACGGCCCAAACCAUCAUCUACCCCAUGGAGGUGCUGAAGACGCGGCUAACCCUCCGCCAGACUGGCCAGUACAAAGGACUGCUGGACUGUGCUCGGCAGAUCCUAGAACAGGAGGGCCCCAGAGCCUUCUACAAGGGCUACCUGCCCAACGUCUUGGGCAUUAUCCCCUACGCGGGAAUCGACCUGGCUGUCUAUGAGACCCUGAAGAACAGGUGGCUCCAGCAGGACAGCCACCACUCAGCUGACCCGGGGAUCCUCAUCCUCUUGGCCUGCGGCACCAUCUCCAGCACCUGUGGCCAGAUUGCCAGCUAUCCCUUGGCUCUGGUCCGAACACGCAUGCAAGCUCAGGAUUUCUCGGCUGCUCCUGGAGCCUGCAACCAACUGAUCUACCCCACCUGGUCACUGACACUGGAUCACCAGAGGAACCUGCCCCAGGAUCUGCUCUGCAUGGCAUUGGCACUGGAUUCCCAACCUCUGGUGGAGGUGGGGAUGGCGGUGGCCCUUCACCCCUACGCCCCCUCCCCUCCCCACUGCACUGACAUGAGAACCCUCUGGUCUCUUCCCCAUCCCCGUGUACUGCAGCUCCACCGGGCCCCCCUGUGGCAGUGCAAAUUCCCUGGAUCCCUCCUCCGAAUCCCCCAUGAUAGCGACACUGUUCUGCUCCAGCCCUGACUACCCCGUCACCCCAGACAGCUCAGCCUAACCCAUCUGUGGGGGAACGCAGGGGUCAGGGAGACACACUAGCUAAGCCCAGCCAGAGAGAGGGUUCCCCAUGGCCCGAGGCAGAGGUCCUCCAGAACCCCACAGCUGAGGACGAACCUUCUACUUUCUUUCCCCCUUCUCUCAUUCCUCAGCUUAGGUAAGAGAUGAGUUUGAAUAAGGCUGAAAAGGGACCCAGGACAGGGUUAGGACCUCUUGCUGAGCCAUACUUAGGUCCACGCCCCUCCCUCCAGCAUCCUCCAAACACAUUCUAAUUGCCAGGAAGAAAUAAAGAGAGAAAGAAAGAAGUCUUAAAAAUCACCCCACCCAGCUCUAUUUUUCUACUGGGGUAAAGAACAGCUAUUCUCCCAACACACACACACACACAUUCCACACCUUCCCCAACCUCCAGGGAAUCUCUGUAUAUACUGCAUUUUAUAGCUGGAUUCUGAGGCUGGGAGUGGAGGUGAGACCUGAGAAUUAAGGUAUAAAAAGGUCUCCUCUCUUCGAAAGCAGAGAAUCUAGUCCCUGUGGAGAGCAGUAUCCAGAGGUCCCUCUUCCCCUCUCAUGCUCCCUCCCCACUCAGUCUCUCUGCCUGUGUGUGCACCUUUUCAAAGGGAAACAAAUGAAUACAUUUUUCUAAGUCCCCAAGGCCAGUCUGUGUGGUGUCUUUAU